AUGGAGAGCUGCAGCUUCCUCCGCCUCCCCGCGGAACUCGUCCUGCACAUCCUCAGCCAUCUCGAGCCCUUUGAUCUGGUUAAAACAGCUCAGACCUGCCGGACUCUCCAGCAACACAGCUACGAUGACUUUUUGUGGCUCCCGCUGGUUCAGCGUAAUAUUGUCGGCUCGCCUGUCGAUGGCACAUCAUUUCCCAGCUACCGCGAGCUAUAUGCCGCCCACCAUCCGCAUUGGUUCCUGCCGCGGCAUCGUAUUUGGUUCUCCGACAGUUCACCGAGCGGAAAACUGCUUGUUGCUCGCUAUGAGCCGAAUGCAGGACGCAUAGCCGCUUACACCGUUACUGCCGCUCGCGGACCGCAUACGCUGCAAUCCUGGGAGAAGAAUCGCAGCGUCAUUAUUCAUCACUUCAACCCGGAGGUCUCUCUUGAUCUGACGCGGCCUGUAUUGAACCUUGCACCACACAAGGCCAACAGGGAGGCCGAGACCAGCGAUGAGCAGCCCAGCGGCCAGCGGCCAGCGCCAUCAUCCAAGUAUGGCAAGGAGGUUCUCAUGGACAAUUUCACGGAGCAGGGCUUGUACGCAGCUUUUAUGCUCUGCCGAGCACUACCCGAAGAAGCCAUCACAGAGAGCACACACGUCUGGCCUCCGCUCCGCAUCCCCGCCCAAGCCCGCACGCGCAACGUGAGCGGCGACGACUUCCGCUCCGCCGGCCAUCGACCCACGACCUUCGACGAGAUCAGCCAGUACAAUUUCCGCGUGAGGAAGUGGGUCGAGUUUGGAACGCGAGGCAGCCAUCCCGCAGUCUCGCCUGCUCAUGCCUUCAAUACGCCCGAUGGCUUCGCCGCCGCGCUGGGAAGGGUGCAUCCUUUCUUCGCCGCGCGCUUCAACGCGUAUAGUCCGAGUGGCGUCAGCGUGCGGAUUCCGGAGGAGAUCACUACUUACGCCACUCUUCCGCCGUCUUGCUACACGCCUACUCCCGCGAAGCCGUACCAGGGCAUUUGGUGCGGGGAUUACAGCGGACACGGCUGCGAGUUCCUUGUAAUCACGCAGCCGGAUAAGGAGCAGGCUCGGCCGCUUCCGGAAGGGAUGGCGUGGUUGCGGAACUGGUUUGCUGGUAGGGACGCCGGUCCUUUGGGCAGUGCAAACCGGUACGCCAAUACUGACGUGGAUGUUGAUAUUCUCGGAGGCGUUGAUGAAGAGGAGAUCGAGGAGGAGGAGAGUAGUGGGGAUGAGAAGACACGCUUCCCCAUGGACAACACCUUGGAUCACACCACAGCCGGAUCCUCAAGUCGUGCUGCUGUCGAAGUCACGGAUCAUCCGGAUGCGCCGUCUGGUCGAUUAGAGGCCAUCAAGCUUACUGGCGACCCUUACAUUCCCCGGGGCGAAUUCACUUUCGUUGCGCCAGAUAUCGGUGCCGGCGGGUUCAUCCGUAUCGCUGACGAACAGGCUUUCCGGGGUGCACGAGUGGUGCGCAGCGCUGGACAUGUCGCCGACCGCGACUUUGAACUUGACCAGUACACCCCAUCACAGCUCAUCCUACUUUCGCACAACACAUUGGCGCAGUUCUGGGAGCGGAUGGGACAUAUUUCGUACUAUCAACGAGUCGACUUGGACGCAUUGGCCAACACGCAUACCUUUUCGUCGUCGAGGAAUAUGAAUCUACGCAACGGAGGAGGCGAAACGAUUACAUGA